UCUGAUACAAUUCAUCAAACACUCACAAGUGAGGAAUUGCAACAAUGGCAAGCACAGCAAAGGCGGUGGCCUUCUCGCCGGCUCCUUACCAUAUCAUCACCUAUGGAACUCUACUUGGAACGACUUUCUUCCAUACCUUCAUCAAUGGUAUCGUUAUGUUCAGGACGGUCGACCGUCCUAGCUUCUCUGCCAUCCAGCAGAAGCUCUUCCCCAUUUACUUCGGCCUCCAGACUGUCUUGCCCGGUGUUCUAGCUUUAACCUAUCCCGGAAACACAUUGAUUGGUCUGUCAAAUGGUCCUGCUGGCUUGGUAUCGGAGUUUGCCCGCUGGCACUCCCUGCUACCUAUCAGUGUAAUGGCCUUGACUGGUGCUGUCAAUCUGCUUGUCUUCUUGCCUUUGACAGUCGAAGUCAUGAAGCAGCGACGUGGGCAAGUCAAGCGAGAUGGCAAGGAGUGGUAUGCUGAUGGACCUCAAAGUGAUCAAAUGAAGGCCCUGAACAAGAAGUUUGGCAUGCUUCACGGUAUCUCAUCCUUGUUCAACCUCAUCACUUUUGCUGCUGCUGUUGGUUACGGUUUCACUCUUGGUGGACGUGUUCUGUCCGUUGCAGACCUAGCUUGAAUAUUGCACUAUUCAAAAGUGAAUUCAUAUUGAAACUCUAAUUGCUAGAAAUGCAAAUGCUCUUCUCCGUCUAAUCUAUAUGUCCUGUAUUCUCAAUCGCACAACCCCGAUCUCUAAUGUCUAUUCGUAGUGUCGUAAAUCGUUGAACUCUUGGUAUAGCCCUGAAAACAA